AUGUCACUUGCUGAACAAUUUGCUACCGCCGUCACCGACGUCAAGAAAAUCAAGGCUGAACCAACCAACGAUGAAAAGUUAGAGUUGUAUGGUCUCUACAAGCAAGCCAACGAAGGUGACAACACUACUGCUCAACCAUGGGCUGUUCAACUUGAAGCCCGUGCCAAGCAUGACGCCUGGACCAAUGUUAAGGGUCUCUCAAAGGACCAAGCCAUGGAAAAGUACGUCCAAUUGGUUCAAACCUUUAAGGCCAAGUAUGGUUUCUAA